AUGUCCCCUUGCAACAACUCCAUUCCUCAGCCCUUGGUAUUUGUCCUGGCUGGAAUCCCUGGCAUGGAAUCUUCCCAUGGAUGGUUCUCUGUGCCUUUUUUCUUGGUUUUUAUUAUCGCAGUCAUUGGUAAUGCUACCAUUUUAUACAUCAUCUGGAAGGAGAAGAGUCUUCAUGAGCCCAUGUUUCUCCUCUUAGCCAUGUUAUCAGUGGUUGACCUGUCCCUGGUCAGUGUCACUGUGCCCCGCAUGCUUGCUAUCUUCUGGAUGGAUGCCAAGGAAAUCAGCAUCAAUGCCUGCCUCACACAGAUGUUUUUCAUUCCUUCCUUUUAUGUCAUGGAAUCUGGUAUCCUAUUGGCCAUGGCUUUUGACAGAUUUGUGGCUAUCAGGAACCCUCUGAGAUAUACAACAAUCCUUGAUAACAAUAUGCUUGUGAAGAUGGCACUGACUGUCCUGGCAAGGGCAGUGGCAGUACUGACCCCAGCACCCAUCCUGACAAAAAGACUAGAUAGAUUCCAAACUCAUAUUAUUGCUUACUCCUAUUGUGCUUACAUGGCUGUGGUAAAGAUAGCCUGUGGAGACAUUUCUAAUCACAUUGUCUACGGCCUCAUGGUUAUUAUAGCAUCUGUGGGAUUUGAUUUGUUUUUCAUCAUUUUGUCCUAUGGGAUGAUUCUUCAUGCUGUUUUUCGUAUACCAUCUUGGGAGGCACGGGGUAAAGCUCUUAACACAUGUGGCUCUCAUUUCUGCAUCAUUGCUCUCUUUUAUUCUCCUGUUGUCUUCUCUGUCUUGGCACAGAUUUUUGGCUACCACAUGGCUUCCCACAUACAGAUCAUUAUUGACAACUUAUACUUCCUGGUGCCUCCCAUGGUCAAUCCACUGAUAUAUGGGGCUAGGACUAAGCAGAUUCGGGAACAGGUGCUGCGUAUCCUCCCCUGUCAUAAAGACUGA